AUGUCGGUUACAGCAGGUGUUAGUGAUACAGCGUUAGCUAUUAGGGAUAAGCUUAGAGGUAAAAUUGGACAGACCAAGGUUAAAAGGUAUUGGCCUGGUAAAGCGCCUGAGUGGGCAGAUGAUGCUGAUGAGGAUGGAGAUAUUAGGAUGGCUAGGGCUGCUGCCUUGGAGAAAGCUUUUCCUAGUCGUGAUGAUUCGGAUGUUGCAAGGAAAGAUGAUCCUAGGCUGCGUCGUUUGGCUGAGAGCAAGAUUGAUAAUCGUGAUGAAGUGAGGGCGGAUCAUAGGAGGAUUCGGCAGGCUGAGAUUAUUUCAACAGAAGAGGAGGAGACGCGGAGGCAAGAAUGGGCCGAUAUGGAGGAAGAGGACGAGGAUGCGUUGGAGGAAAGGAGAAGAAGGAUUAAGGAGAAGUUGCGCCUGAGGGAGCAAGAGGAGGCUGCGCUUCUUCCUGUAGAGGAGGAGGAGGAAGUUGAGGAAGAGGAAGAAGAGGAGUCUGAGUAUGAGACUGAUUCCGAGGAGGAAAUGAUGGGGAUGGCUAUGGUGAAGCCUGUUUUUGUGCCCAAGUCGGAGAGAGAUACUAUAGCUGAACGUGAGCGGCUUGAGGCUGAAGAACGAGCCCUUGAGGAAAAGGAGAGGAGGAAAUUGGAGGAGAGGAAGGUUCAGACGAAGCAAAUAUUGGUUGAGGAGAUACAGAAAGAGGAAUUGAUUCAGAAGAAUCUGGAGAUGGAAGCAAAUAUUGCUGAUGUGGAUACUGAUGAUGAAGUUAAUGAGGCAGAGGAGUAUGAGGCUUGGAAGGUCAGGGAGAUUGCAAGGAUUAAGAGGGAUAGGGAGGACCGUGAGGCAAUGUUGAAGGAGAGGGAAGAGAUUGAGAGGGUGAGGAACAUGACCGAGGAAGAGCGGAGAGAGUGGGAGAGGAAGAAUCCGAAACCUGCUCCACCACCAAAGCAGAAGUGGAGGUUCAUGCAGAAAUAUUUCCACAAGGGUGCUUUCUUCCAGGAUCAGCCUGAUGACCGAGCAUCAACUGUCGGAGCAGAUGGCAUUUUCAAACGUGAUUUCUCAUCUCCGACUGGGGAAGAUAAGAUGGAUAAAACCAUAUUACCAAAGGUUAUGCAAGUCAAACACUUUGGUCGUAGUGGAAGAACGAAAUGGACCCAUCUUGUCAAUGAGGAUACAACUGAUUGGAACAAUCCGUGGACAUACAAUGAUCCUCUGCGGGCAAAGUACAAUGCAAAAAUGGCUGGAAUGAAUGCUACUAUAGAUAAACCCAAAGGAAGCAAAAAGUUGAAGGAUUGGGAAUCCCGGUAA